AUGGGACCAAAUCCGAUGCGCCUGGCGGCGGCUUUCGCCGCCGCAGCGGCGGCGGUAGCUGUGGCCACUGCGCAGCAGGAAGCUGAUAGAGGCGCUGCGUCAGGCGACGACGAGGAAGGUGAAGAAGACUGCGACGUCACGCUAGCCUUUGACCACCGCAGCUGGCUGAACAUCCCAGCCCUUCGCGCGGCUGUGCAGGCAUGGAAAAGAUUCUUGGUCGAGGCGCUUCACACAGGGGAUGUCGCAUGCGCUCUUCGCAUCGCGAGGGUCGCUCCACUUGCCAGGGCUCUCAGCCUGGGCGAGCGCUUUCUUCGGGGCGCCUUUGCUGGAUACGCCUCGGUGAUGGCUUGGUGGCUGGAACUGCACAGCGACGAUCGCUGGUCCGAGGCUCCAUCUCUGGAUGGGUUCCUCGCCUCCGGAUGCAAGCGACUGGAGGUGCUCGGGGACGACGUGGAUUGGGAUUUCGAAUGGCGCGCGCUGAACUGGCUGCCCGCCUACGGUGGCGCCAGCAAGGAGGACCCGCUGCUGACCGCGGCAGUGGAGCUGGGGCGCAGUUGCACCGCCAAGGCUUCGGGCGCAUCGCGGGAUGCUACGGUGGAAGAGGCACCCUGGAGACAUCUUACCACGGCCGUCGACUCCCUUCUGCGUGGCGCUUCCUCUGCCCUGGAGUCAGCGCAGACAGCGGAGAAGUUGACACCUGCUCUUCUCGCGCACGUCUUGCGGGCGGAGAAGGCUCCCGCCCUGUGCGGGCCCAGUGAAGACAUUGCAGUAGACCUUGUCUCGCUUUCCCCGAAGCAGCCGCACACAAACGAAAAGUUGACGGUGCAGGUCAUGGGCAAGGUGCCGCCAACUGCUGAAAUUCAGGAGACGCGGCCGAAAGGGGAAGUGCGAGGAAGCUGGGAUGCCGAGCACACGACACUGACAAUUGAAGGACCACACGAAUCGCAAAUUGCCCAGAAGUGGGGAACUCGGCUGCGGGCGCGCAAGAUGCUCCUGUGA